AUGCAGUUUCUACCCAAACAGAACAGACAGCUUCAGCUGCCCUCCUUCGAGGAGCUGGGGAUAGCCACGCCGUCACCAAACAGCAUGACCAGGGCUCAGGAGAGACCAUCUUCCUCUCCGUCUGGUUCGUAUGUCGACGGAUCGAUAGCAGCCUCACCGUCGAAGACCUCUACUCCCUUCGCUGACUCUCCAAACUCGCGAAUGGACGUCUCAUAUCCGUCUCCACUACCAAUCACGCCGCCUGAAUCUGACGACCACGUUCAAUGGAAUCCUGCUGUGAGUAAUGAGUCGAGUGAUACAGUUCCCAGCGAGACGGAGUCCUCCGAGGCUGCGGAAGUGGCCAUGAAAGAAGAAACCGAGUCUAGCUGCACACCUAAACCACCACAGCAGGAAUCGGCCCAGAACACAGAAAACGGCGAUGAUUCUUCGUUGCCGAGUAGGCCACCGCAGGGUGAGAAUGGCAGGCAGCUCUUCCUGCAAAGGGGUAUCUUGACUGCUGUGUCAUCUCUUGCAAUAUCCAAAGACCCUGCAAAGGUCGUCCAACUCGUCUCUCAAACCUUGCCAUGUCCGCCGUCCAAUAGCCUUUCCAACUCGGGUUCUCUCUCGCCUGCCUGCGUCUUCAGCCCCAUCGUCCAGACGAUCCAGUCACGUCUCCAACCAGACCAGUCACCCUAUAUCAACAUCACACAUGCAGUACCACCUAAGUUCUCACUCUCCAGUCUACCCACGUCUCCACCUAGCACACCCAAUCGCCUCUUUCCCGGUGACGAUUACUUUAAUAUGACCGUCUUCUCCAACGCCACGGCUGCACCACACUAUCCCUUUGCCAGUGCCUCUUCUUCAUCCAGCGGAGCACCAGCGCCGUACGUGCCCACGCCCAUUGUUCCUCCCUAUAGCGUCAACAUCGCUGCUGUCGAGCGCUACCUCCCACCGACCUCUACCUGCGAAUACCAAAACCUCUUCUCCACAAGCGGCCCUUCCGUUCUUCUAGAUCGCCUUCGAGAACUUUCUCCUCGCGACGGUACUCUCUUGCUGGUAUACCCGACUCUUCGCGGCGCUCAAUGUUUCAAGCAGCAUUAUCUCAACCCUAUUCUCGACCCUCUACUACGCCAGCAGGUCGUUCUCAACGGUCUGCCUGCCGAUAUUGGCACAGCCCUUAGCUCCACGCCUGCUCUCAGACACAUGGAUCCCUUCGAAACAAUGCACUCCAAGGUCACCCACCUAUGCUCCUCUCUUACAUCACGCGACCGCACAACCUUCACCCUCUCCUACGCAUCUGCAGGCUGCAUUCCCCUCUCCCGCGCCCUCUGGACAGAAUGGUACAUUGCACAAGAAACGCCCCGUGCCCGGGAGAUAUUAGAUGAAUACUGGCGUAACGAUCAUCGCACACGCCACCACAACGCCAGCAAAGGAAUGGGAAUGGACAGAGAAGUUACCAGUGCCAUGGUCCUCAGAGAUGUGGUAGAUGGCAUCCGCAAACGAGCAUUGACCGAACCCGUGGACGAUGCCGAGCGAGAAGGCGUUGAAGUCGGUGUCUUCGUUAUCCGACGAUCACAAUCGCCGGAGUGA